UGGGGUCGUCGGGGUUGUCGUCCACGGCCUGGCUGUAGCGGCGGACCCGCAGCAGAGAGGAGGAAGCCGGCAGCGCCGAGCCGCCGCCGCCCGCCGCCAGGGCGCAGGCCCCGCGGGAGAGCCGCUCGCCGAGACCUCCAGACCCGGGGCCGCCCCAUGGCCGACAGGAAGCAGAAGAUCCACGUGUUCCUGGGGGCCCCUCCCGCCCCCGAGGGGGAGUGUGGAGCUGGGCUGGACCAGCCGGCCCCACCCCCACCCCCCGCCCCGCCCCCCGCCUCCUGGAUCCGCAUGGAGCUGAGCUGGCAGGACGGGAGGCUGAGGCCCCCCCCAGGUGAAGGGCCGCUGCAUCAGGAGGACCGUGGCGUCCCUCAUCGGCGUGUUAGCCAAAGGUUCCGCCCCGCAGCAGGCCCCUCUCAGGGCCCGCCCCCCUCUCAGAGCCCGCCCCCCUCUCAGAGCCCGCCCCCCUCUCAGAGCCCGCCCCCCUCUCAGAGCCCGCCCCCCUCUCAGGGCCCGCCCCCCUCUCAGAGCCCGCCCCCCUCUCAGAGACCGACCCCCUCUCAGAGACCGACCCCCUCUCAGGGCCUCCCCCCCGGCCAGGCCGACCAGCCGAGCACCGACAGCACUGACCUCUGUAGGGGUUCUGGACGCCAUGACGACCAGCAGGACCUCUGCCAGGCGUCGCUGCACGACUAUCUGGACGGCUGUUUCCCUAGAGCCAGUAGCUCCGCCCCCAGCACCAUGCCCCGCCCCCUGGCCGAGUCACUCCACACUCAGUACCUCAGCGCCUGGACUCUCAGCCAGGCGUUGGUGCUGCGGGCGCGGCCCCGUAGCCAAUCAGCAUCCAGCGCUGAGAGAAGUCCCCCCUCUCAACCCCCAGCCAGCGCCCCCUCCACCCCCCAGUCCUCCAGUACUCCUGAACUAUUCAGCCCCGCCCCCUCCAUGACCACGCCCCCCUCCAUGGCCACGCCCCCCCAGCCGGGCUCCUUGGAUCUCUUCAGCUGGUCGGUGGAGGAGGGGGGGGUCGUGCUGGAGGCUGACCCAGAUGGGGUGCUCUGUUCCCAGGGGGGGGUACCCGGGGUCGGUCCCGAACCCGACCCACCUGAACCGGGCCCCACGGACCCCCCCACCCCACCCCACAAGAGGCUACGCAGGAUGAUCCCAGAGUGCACUGGGGCGACGACCUCCGCGGCCCCGGCCCCAACAGAGAGGGCCGGGACCCGGUCGCUCCAGGGACCCACCACCCUCCUGGCUCAGUGCCUGGAGCCAGGCCAGUACGGAGCAGGCCGGACAGGAGCAGGCGGGACAGGAGCAGGCCGGAGGUUCUCGGUCCUGGUGACUGCGGUCCACCCCUGUCACCUGAAGGAGAUCACGAUGCGGUCAGGUGUGUGGGCGGGCAGCAGCGUUCCGCUGGCCACCAUCGUUGUGACCGACCAAUCAGGAGUGGAGGUGAAGGUGUUGCUAUGGAGACGAGCCGCGUUUUGGGCUCUGACCGUUUUCCCUGGGGACAUCCUGUUGAUCACAGGCCUGGAGGUGAACCACGAUACGUGGCGUGGAGAGACGCUGCUCCGGUCCAGCUUCAGCAGCAAGCUACUGAACCUCGGCCCCCUCACCCCCUCCAGCUCACCAACAGCCCCUCAGUGUGUGAGCAGGGAGGCGGUCCGGUCUCUGUGUGUGUUUGUUGCGGCGCGGCGCCCUCUGCUGGCCACCCUGUGCCGGCGCCCCACCCAGACCCUGGACAGACUGCCCUACAUCCGCCUGGCCGCCCUACGGACACACACCCUGGGCCACGCCCUGCUGAGGGUCAAACACACACACACCUGCACAGAGUGGCGUGGGGAGGCUGGGGGCGGGGCCCGGCGCGGAGGGGUCCAGAAGGCGGUGCUUAGCGUGGAGCAGGGCGACGGGCGGCGGGGCUGGCUGGUCCUCUGGGGGUCCACCCUCACAUGGCUCCCCCGCAUCACCCGGAAUACAGACGCCGUGUGGGACUUCCGGUAUCUUCUGGUGCGGGACGGCGUGUCCUCUGACCUCCCAGAGCUCCACUCCACCCCCUGGGGGGCGGUCCAGCCGGUGUUCCCCCAGGACAGCCGCGCCCGGGAGUUCUGCAGCACCCCCGGCCCUCCUGGCCCCCCGGAGCUGGACCUCGGCACGCUGCUGUCCCAGAGACACUCUGGUGACGUGGAUCUCCGGGUAAACAUCACGUCCUUCCAGUUCCAGGCUAGCCUUUCCCAGAAUGCACCUGUUGAACGGCUGGACAGCGAGGCGUCGCUGGAGCGCAUCGUGGAGACGCUCGGAGGAGACGUGACCUACGCUGGCUGCGGCCGCUGUGCCUUUGAGCUGGGCACCGACGCCAACGGCAUCUACCUGCCCUGCUACCCCUGUCUGCCUCACACCGGCGUCAGGCGCUACUACAGGCCCGGUCUCCUGGUGGUCAGCGAGGGCUCCAGCACGGUGGGGGUUCAGGUUCCUCCGGUCCUCCUGGAGAAGAUCCUGGAGACACCAGCAGACAGACUCUACAAGACCGUCGACCCGGGGUCAGAGGUGAGACAUGUCCGUCUGGUGGCAGAGAGGAUUCAGUCUCUUGUCACGCUGCCGCUGAAGAGCUUCCUGUUGACGGUCCGCAGUCACUUUCUGUGCGACGAGAACAGUGUUCCCCUGGUGCAGGACUUCCUGUUGCUGGACCUCCAGUUCCCAGGAGAACUAGUCCUGCGGUCCUGGGAGAACCGCGGAGUAUUGAAGGCAGUUGGUGUUCAAGCCCUUCAGAGCAAUACGAGGUCCCUGGGUCCUGGACCAUCAUCUUCCUCAUCGGCUGUUUGGUGGCUGCCUGUUGCCAUGUCAGCAAUCAGGAUGGCCGACGCUUCGUACCACGGCUACGAGAACGACAACGAGCUGCUGAUGAACCUGAACUAUGACUACAUCCCCCCAGUGGACAUCAAGACAGAACCCUACAUCCCAGAGAACGCUCACGGACCAUACAUCCAGAUCAUAGAGGAACCAAAGCAGAGGGGCUUCAGGUUCCGGUAUGAGUGUGAGGGCCCCUCCCACGGGGGGCUCCCGGGGGCGUCCAGCGAGAGGAACCGGAGGACCUACCCGACCGUCAAGGUGAAUAACUACGUGGGCCAUGCACGGGUGGAGGUGCAGCUGGUGACCCACAGCGACCCCGCGCGGGUCCACGCCCACAGCCUGGUGGGCCGGCAGUGCACCGAGAACGGGACCUGCACCCUGGACGUGGGCCCCAACGACCUCACCGCCUCCUUUAGUAACCUGGGGAUCCUCCAUGUGACCAAGAAGGGUGUGAUGGAGGUUCUGACGCGAAGGCUGAGAGAUGAGAGGCGGCAGCAGAAGGGCCUGCACCAUCUCUUCUCUGAUGCAGAGGACAGCUCCAUGGUGAAGGAGGCCAAGGAGCUGGGGAAGGUGAUGGACCUGAACAUCGUGAGGUUAAAGUUCACCGCCUACCUCCAGGACAGCAACGGGGGCUUCACCAGAGCCCUGAAGCCUGUGGUGUCCAACCCCAUCUACGACAGCAAGUCUCCCAACGCGUCCAAUCUGAAGAUCUCUCGGAUGGACAAGACGUGUGGAUCCGUGUUUGGAGGAGAUGAGAUCUUCCUGCUGUGUGACAAAGUCCAGAAAGACGACAUCGAGAUCCGCUUCUACGAGGAGGACGAGGAGGGGGCCUGGGAGGCCUUCGGAGACUUCUCCCCAACGGACGUCCACAAACAGUAUGCCAUCGUGUUCCGGACCCCCCCCUACCACAGCAUGGAGAUCCAGGGCUCUGUCCCGGUGUUCCUGCAGCUGAAGAGGAAGAAGGCCGGAGACAGCAGCGAGCCCAAGAUCUUUACCUACGUCCCCCACGUCCACGAUAAGGAGGAGGUGCAGAGGAAGAAGCUGAAGCCCCUCUCCCACUACGAGCCAUGGAGAGGGGGGGGGGGAGCAGGAGGAGGAGGGGGGGGAGGAGCAGGGGGAGGCCAGGGGGGAGGGCGGGGAGGAGCAGGAGACUUCGGAGGAGGAGGAGCCUACCAACACAUGAACGGGGGCGGAGGAGGAGGGGCAGGAGGAGGAGGAGGAAGCUUCAACAGCUACAGAGGAAGCUUCAACAGCUAUGGGGGAGGAAACCAGAUGUCAGGCUCCGCCCCUCAGACCGUGGUUGCCCAGCAGCAGACGACAGAUCAGACAGAUGGACAGAGUUCACCCUUACAGCAACAGCUGUUACAGCUAGUGGCCCGUCUGCAGCGGUCCAGAUCCCCUGGGGGGGGUCCGGCCCAGGGCUCCAGACCCCCGGCCCAGGCCCUGCUCCAGUACUGCAGCUCCGGAGACCCACGGGUCCUGCUGGCCCUCCAGAGACACCUGUGUGGGGUCCAGGACCACAACGGAGACACUCCUUUGCACCUGGCCAUCAUCCACCAGCAGUCUGGAGUGGUUCACCAGCUGAUCCACACUCUGCUGAGCAGCCACCAGAACCACGUCCUCAACACGCCUAACCAGCUCAGACAGACGCCGCUGCACCUGGCGGUGCUGAGCGGUCAGGUGAGGCUGGUGGAGGCGCUGCUGCGGGCGGGGGCUGACCCCGGCCAGGGGGACCUGGAGGGCCGCAGCCCGCUGCACCUGGCCGCGCUGGCGGCCGACGAGGCCCUGCUCCGCCCCCUCCUGGCUCACCUGGGGGAAAGCCACGCCCACCUGGUCAACAUGGCCGACUACCACGGUCUCCAUCCCCUCCACCUGUCAGUCAGGAGGGGCGGAGAGCGCUGUCUCCGCCUCCUGGUUGGGGGCGGGGCCAAAAUCAACGCUGGCGAGCAGAAGAGUGGAAGCUCUGCCCUCCACCUGGCGGUCAGAGACAACCUGUUCAAGGUGGCGUGUUACCUGAUCACAGAGCUGAAGGCGGACGUCAACGCGGCCACGUUUGGCGGGAACACAGCGCUGCACCUGGCCGCGAGCCAGGGCUCCCCCACCCUCUGCUCCAUGCUCAUAGCCGCAGGGGCCGACAAGAACCUGGAGAACGACGAGCCCCUCUCCUUCAGCUCCUCUUCCUCCUCAGACGAAGACGAAGACCAGGAGGAGGACCAGCCAAUCACAGCACAGCACCGAGGCCCAAAGGCCACCUCGCAGCCAAUCACCACUCGCAAGAGACCCUCGCCGGGACACACCCCCCUGCAGCUGGCCACCUGUCAGAAGGUUAAAAAGCUGUUGGACUCGAGGCACAGUCCCAGAACGGGUCGUCAUAGUAACAAAAAAAUCAAGUGCAGCAGUCCAGAGCCCCAGCGGGGGGUCCUGGACGAGGAGACGCUGUCGUCCCUGCUGGGGGUGCUGCGCGUGGGGGAGGUGCCCUGGAGGGCGCUUGCUGAGCGCCUCGGCAUGAUGACCCUCGCCCACCUCUACCAGGACAGCCCGUCGCCAUGCCAACACCUGCUGCACAGCUACCAGCUUGGAGGCGGUGCAGUAGAGGGUCUGGUCGGAGCUCUUGAGGGUCUCGGGCUGACAGAGGGGGUCCGAGUCCUGAGACAAGCCCAGCUCCACCAGGAGAAACACACUGCAGACGCCACGGUUGACAGCGGCUUUGGCAGUCAACCAAUGGAGGAGGCAGUAGAGGAGCCCCCGGUGGCCAAUCAGUGAGCAGCAGGACUCACAAGAGUUGCAUCUCCUUCACUUCCUGGUGGGAUGAUGGAGGAGUCUAGUAGCCAAGAGCUCCACCCGCCCACGUCCACCCAGUUGUGAUAUCAUCAUAGGACACUCGGUGGCCACGCCCCCAUUGUAAAAAAUGUUAUUGACGAAGUCAUGUAUAUAAAUAUAUAAAUAUAUUUACAUAUCUAAAUAUCUGUGGGUGGGCUGGAGGUCAGAGGUCAGCAGUGUGUGUGUUUCUCAGCGGGGUCAGGUCAGAGAUUAACAGUGUGUGUGCGUCUCUCAGCAGGGUCAGGUCGGAGAUCAGCAGUGUGUGUGUUUCUCAGCAGGGUCAGGUCAGAGGUCAGCAGUGUGUGUGUCUCUCAGCAGGACCGAGUCAGAGGUCAGAGUUCAGCAGGGUGGGAAUCCAGGGGUCCCAGACACCCUAAAGCAGAGGCCACAUUUGUGGGGAUCUCUGAAAGUCCUAAGUUAGUUGUCACUUGCAAUUGCCACUAAAAUGUACUUUAAAAGCUU